UUUCCAGGAAGCUUUGAUUGGUUUUUUGGUUGAUAGAGUCUUUAAAAUUGACGCCAAAAUAACGGGAAAAAAAGGACCAACCCGACCCGUUCCACCUCAGGGUCAGAGGGGGAGAGAGAGAGAGGUUAGACGGAAAUCAUUUGGUUGCUUGCAGUCGACGAUGGUCUAGGGUUCUGGUAAGCAAGAGCAGGAGGUCAGCUGCAGAAGCACCAUGGCCAUGAAAUUCCUUCAACUGCUUUUCCUUUUCAGUUUUCAGCUUCGUCUCUCAUUCUCUGGACAGACAAUCAUGAUGGAGUCAGUUCCUGAUCUUCAGAGUUCAAUGUACAUGACACUUGAUGGAUAUCCUUGUGUACGGCUACUCAAUCUUUCUGGUGUGAUUGGUUGUUCAAAUCCUGGAAGAGUGAAGGUUGUCGCUCCAAUUAUAAGAUUAAACAAUGCUACUGAGCUGUCUCAGUUAUCUGCAGUUUUGCUGUCAGUGGAUGAAAUUCAAAGUUUUCUUACCAGAAUAUUGAAUGAUUCGACUUUUGCUAAAAAUGUUGCUGGUAUCUUGGUUGAAUCAAGCCCUGAGUUCCAAAGUAAGUUAAAAGGAUUCUCUCCAGAUCAAAAGUUCCCACAAUCUGAAUUUGCUCCUUAUCAAAGCAUCAACUACGAAUGGAACCCAAUUGGCUCUGGUAUAAUGUGGAACCCAUAUAACUUUCCUGUAUUCUUACUCUCUCACAGUAGCACAUUGACCCUGCAGGAGGCUGCCAUAAAGAAUGAGAAGAACGUAAAAUCUUAUACAGCUGACGUGGCUGAGUUUGAUCUGGUGAUGCAGACAACGAAAGCUGGGACUCAUGAUUCAGAAUCUUGUCUAAAGGAAAAUACUUGCCUUCCCUUAGGUGGAUACAGUGUUUGGUCAUCGCUUCCCCCAAUCAAUUUUUCAUCAUCAGAGCAGUCUAAGCCCAUUAUACUCGUGGUGGCGUCGAUGGAUUCAGCUUCAUUUUUCCGUGACAAAGGCCUUGGCGCUGACUCCCCUAUUUCUGGGCUGAUUUCAUUGCUGGCAGCAGUUGAUGCACUUUCUCAUGUGGAUGGUCUGGAUGACUUUAAUAAACAGCUUGUUUUCAUUGUUUUCACUGGAGAGGCCUGGGGCUACCUUGGUAGCAGGAGGUUUUUGCUUGAACUUGAUCUGCAGUCUGAUGCUGUUAGUGGCCUUAAUUACUCAUUGAUUGAGAAGGUUGUGGAAAUUGGAUCUGUUGGAAAGGGCCUCAACCAAGGAGUUAAGAACUUUUUUGUUCAUACAACUGGGGUUUCUUCUGCCACAAAUGAGACAUUGGAUGCUUUAAAGCGUGCCCAAGAUUCAGUCAAGUCUGAAAGCUUUACAAUCUCAUCUGCAAAUGCUUCAAAUCCUGGGAUACCUCCAUCCUCAUUGAUGACUUUUCUGAGAAAGGUUUGUAACAGUACAGUUGAAAUCCUUACUUUUGUUAGCUACUUCCUAAUUUAUGUCUCUGUUAUUUUGUUCUUGCUCAUGUAAGGGCAUAACCUCUCGUCUUGUAAGGGGUGCUUUUGAUAGACUGGAUUAAAGUCGUGUUUUGGACUAGUCCCACUUUUAAGACUUCCUUGGACACAUGACCAUGAAUCUUACAAGAAAACAUUUGCAUAUA